AUGACGACCCCUCCGCCUGCUACUGCUGCUGGCCACUGCGCCACGUCCAAAGAACUCACGAGUAAAGACUAUUACUUUGACUCGUACUCGCACUUUGGCAUUCAUGAAGAAAUGCUCAAGGAUUCCGUGCGUACCAAAGCGUAUAUGAACGCCAUCCUACAGAGCAAACACCUGUUUAAGGACAAGGUGGUUCUGGACGUCGGGUGUGGCACAGCCAUCCUGUCCAUGUUUGCAGCCAAAGCCGGAGCUAAACACGUCUACGGUGUGGACUGUUCGGGCAUUUUGACGCAGGCGCGGGAGAUCGUCAAGGCCAAUGGCUUUGCUGACAAGAUCACGCUCUUUCAAGGCAAGAUGGAGGAGCUCACGCUGCCUGUGGACAAAGUGGACAUUAUCAUCUCCGAGUGGAUGGGCUACUUCUUGCUGUACGAGUCCAUGCUGGAUACGGUGCUCUUUGCUCGGGACAAGUACCUCGUGCCCGGGGGUCUCAUGUUCCCAGACCACUCGACGCUCUACAUUGGGGCUAUUGAAGAUGGCGAGUACAAAGCCGAGAAGCUCGAGUUCUGGGACAAUGUCUACGGCUUUGACAUGAGCUGUAUCCGGGACAUUGCCAAGGUUGAGCCGCUUGUGGACACAGUGGGCAGUGACGCACUACUGACGGACGUGUGCCCCAUUCUGGACAUUGACCUUACGAAGGUGACGAAGGAGGAGCUGGCGUUCUCGUCUUCGUUCAAACUGACGCCGUUUCGUCAGGACUUCUGCCAUGCAUUGGUGGCGUACUUUGACUGCACGUUUUCGGCUACGCACAAGCAGCUCAGCUUCUCGACGGGACCCAAGGCGGAAUACACACAUUGGAAGCAGACUGUGUUUUAUCUGGAAGGAGAGCUCGCGUGCAGUCCAGGUGAGGUGAUAGAAGGCGAGCUCACGUGCAAGCCUAACGCACUCAAUCCGCGUGACUUGGAUAUCAAUAUCAAUGUACGUUUCGAUGGCGCUAGUGGAUCGUACAGCAAGCUUCACGAGUUCAAGUUACGCUAG